AUGAACCAAGAAGCAGGUGAUUCUCUCUCUCCCAUCCGCGCCACUCGCAACAAGUUCGAUCCCAACGACGAGAAUCUCGACAAGGUGCUUGAAAGCAAUCGCGCAUGGGCCAAGGCUGUGAAAGAACAAGAGCCUGAAUUCUUUGAGCAAAUCAACUUGAAGCAAGAGCCCAAGAUUCUUUGGAUCGGUUGCUCUGAUUCUCGUGUCCCAGCCGAGCAGAUCCUUCAACUUGGUCCUGGCGAGUUAUUCGUGCAUCGCAAUAUUGCCAAUGUCGUUACCAACUCGGAUAUGAACUGCUUGUCCGUGGUGCAAUAUGCUGUUGAGGUGCUCAAGGUCCAACACAUCAUCGUAUGCGGUCAUUACAACUGUGGUGGUGUGGCUGCUGCUUCUGGUCAUGGUCAAUUUGGUUUGAUCGAUAACUGGCUUCGUAACAUCAAGGAUGUCUAUCGCUUGCACGCUCGUGAACUUGAAGAUAUCAAGGAUGAAACUGCUCGUUAUCGUCGUCUUGUCGAACGUAACGCUAUGCACUCUGCUGAAACUCUUUGCAACUCUACCAUUGUUCAAAACGCGUGGAAGCGUGGCCAAAAGCUCUCUGUUCACGCAUGGGCUUAUGAUCUUUCUGAUGGUCAUGCUCGCCGUUUGGACUACUGCAAGCAUUCUGACAAGGAUUUGCAAGAUGUUUACAAGGUCACUAACUAA